CAAGUACGAAGCGCUAACCAGUAGGCCACGGCUGCCCCCACAGUGAUGUGAGCUAUGGCUAUGACUACCUUUAGCUGGUCUCCAACUUCAGGGUUACCUGGGGGUAUGCCUUUCAAAUGAGCCUGGGACAGCUGAUCAUGGCUAGAGUUGACACCAUCUUGGUCACUGUGAUGCUAAGCACUAGUCCUGGUGUGGACUAUGGCUACCCUCAACGGGUUUCCAACUGCAGGGUUACCAAGGCCUGGCUCCCUCCCGAUACCCCUAUGAGACUGUGGAGCAGCCAAUGCUGGUAUAGGCUGGAUGAAUCUUGACCGGUGGGAACAGGGUUAAGCUCGGAGCGAUGCAUGGUCUUAAGGGGGCCCUCUUCCCCAUACUCCUGAUCAUAUAGUGUGUGCCAAUUCCAUCCAGACACUCUACAAUUUCAUAUUUGGUGGACGCCCAUGUAUCCUGGAUUUUGUGGCGACCGUGAAAAUGCUUCUCGCAAAAGACUAAAAUGCCAGGUGGUAAUAUGGGUACGGUGUUAGGACCACCAUGCCUAUGAUAUGCCGCAGCCUAUUGUGUCUCCUAGCACUAGCAUAGACAGAAGUCAGGUACUCUUGAUAUUGCACCACCCAAUCAGUCGGUGUACUGUCCCCGUGGUCACCUCCAGUAUUUCCAAGUUGGUGGUCGACUGGUAACUGUGGUUUCUGACCUAACAUCAGCUCGUAUGGAGAGUGGUGUGUGGACUGGUGCACGGUGGUAUUAUAGGCGAACAGGAGCUGAGGGAGCAACUGGGGCCAUUUACUCUUCUUUUCAGGGGGUAAGGUCCUGAACAGGUCAUGUGUCCUGUUGAAACUUUCACAUUGACCGUUCCCCUCUGGAUGAUAAGCGGUGGUUCUACUCUUUGUUGUGCCGUACAGUAGAUGUCACACAGGAACUUCAACAGCUCCCCCUCAAAGCUGCGCCCCUGAUCGGAGUGGAUUGUCCUUGGCACGCCAUACACAUAGAACCAUCUCUCAGUUAGAAUCUUAGCUACGGUGGAAGCUCUCUGUUCAGAGGUGGGAAAGGCCUGGGUAAACCUUGAGAAAACAUCUGUGUUUACCAGAACACCACUUUUGCACCUCAUGCUGCUGGGGCCAGUAGCACCUUUGGCGUAUCAGAUCUGUGGUCCUGUCCCCACCCCGUGAUGGCCAUGGUUGUUGUGUAGGCUAGUGAGCAUUUCAGCUCGCAACAACUAGGGCAGUAAAAGCUGCAGCACUGGAUCCCUGGAAGGAGGAGCCUGGAUCGCUCGGUACAAGUUCCCAUCCACUUCCUAUAUCCGGAACCAUUGCUUUAUCAGCUGCUGGACUUCCCUUGGUUCACUCCUCCUGUCUUUAUGGCCUCCUUCAAGGUCCAGGUCCCAUCAGAACCUUUGGUGGCAGUUAGAGGCAGCUAUGCAGUCCUCAGCUGCUCCUUUCCUCCUGUGGCCCAACAAGGAAUUCCACCAGGAUUGCUGGUAACGUGGCAGCGGGUUGACGAUUCAAGAGUUGUGCACAGUUUUUAUUAUGGCCGGAACCAACUGAGUCGUCAGAGUGUUGACUUCAAGAAUCGGACCAGACUUUAUGUGUCUGAACUGUGGACAGGGAACGCCUCUCUGAGAAUCACAGAUGUCCGAGCGCAGGACGCAGGACAGUACCUUUGCACAGUUAGUGAUGACAGGGGAACCGAUAAAGCAGAGAUGAAGGUGGAGUAUGCAGCAUUCUAUUCUGAACCCCAGCUGAUUAUUGAAGUGGGCCUCCACAACUCAAGUGUCCAGUUUGAAACUGAGGGCUUCCCUAAAGCAGAGGUCCAGUGGUUGGGGCCACAAGAACAGGAGCUGGAACAUCAGUCAGAGUUCAAAUACGGGGACGGUCUCUUCUAUCUGACAACUUCUUAUGUGGUCCAGAACCAUAAUAGAUCAAAUAUCAGCCUGCGAUUGUCAAAUCAACUUUUGGACCAAGUACUGGUGAGGCAAAUCCAUUUCAGUCAGGUGCAUGGCUCCACUGACACCAGGAAGGACAUCACUAUCGCUCUCUCAUGCAUUUGUGUUAUCCUUGGCCUUGUGUGUACUGCCUUGUUAUUUCAUAUUUAUAAAAAUCACACAAAACAUAUACUAUAGAGGCAGUCAGUAAAGGGCAUACCUCUGCCAAAGCCAAACAGUCCCCUUUAUUUCAAUGUCAUUGCAAUAAAUAUGCCAGAUUUUUUCAUUUGUACUAGAUUUUCAUCCAUGUCCAUUUCUUGUAUGGUUGAAUCUAUUUGUUAGUUUGUGAUACAAAAACUGUGUAUUUCCUUAAAACUUGGUGGUGGGUGAUGCUUUUCAUGAAGAUUUUUGUAUUAUUCCCUGGGAAAUUAACAAAAAUGUAGAAUGCCACCACAUGAAACCCUAUACCAUUCCCUUUAUGUCCUUAAAAUGGUUUAGCUGUAUCUCAUAGCUUCAUUUAGUAUUCAUAGAGCUUAUUAGCUUCUGGCAACAAUAUUACUCCUAGGGUUGACCUGAUUGCUUCCUUAGAUUUGUAACAUAGGGAAGUGGAGAUACUCAGCCAUGGCCUUGAGUGCUUAUUUACUCAUGCAUCAUAUAAAAUCACCAUAUGGACGUGUUUUAACCAGGUUAGAAAGUUUAUUUUCAUCAGAGGAUGAUCUUAAACCAAAAAAUGUCAUCCCUGGGCUCAGUGGCGGAUCCUCAUAUGGGCAAGCUUGCUGCUGAGAAGGUCUCACACACAGAAGUUGAGAAGGGAAAGGAGGAGGGGGCAGGGGAUUCACCUCACUGUCACCCCACUGGGUGGGGGAUUCACCAUAUGUGGGUGGUGAUGGUAGUUGCCCAGGGCGUCAUACAAGUUAGGACCGCCACUGGUCUCAUCCUACCAUGCCAGCCAGAUGUUUUUGCACAAUUCUCCUAACAAACCACCUGAACCAAACGACUACACAGAUCUAUGACCAAAUCAAAACUCAGGUUAUGUACAGGGCCAAAUGACGCAUCAUGUAGCCUUAUGCACUGAACCCUAUUCACACGGGUAUAGAGAAAAAUCAAACUGAUAAUAGAAAGCCUCCGAGCAGUCACGCUGGAUUAUUGCUCACGCUUUUGUUCCGUGGAGCAUGACGAAUCUUGUCUGGUUGCGGCUUCCUAAAAACUGAGGUGAUUUAUUGCAGUCACUGAUUAGAUUCAUCAGAUUGCAGGUUUUUGUGUGUGCGAUUACAGUGCUGCGCAUGGCAUUUCUCCUUUGUCCAUGUCUAUACAUAUGAAUAAGGAUAUGAAAUCAAGACUGUUAAGAGGUUUAUUGCCGUUUGUAAUAUACACCUUCAAGGGACAACUGAAACUAUGACUCGUAUGAAGAAGUAUAAAAUACUGUCACACGGUUCAGAAGAAUACUGAUCUUCUCUGGCUCCGAUGCCUUUCACAGCAGACCAAAUUCAAAGUCUCUUUGAAUUUAAUCCCAGAAUGGAUAGUAUUUCUUUUUGUCUUGAAUUUUUAAAGUUUAAACUGUAAUGACAUUUCUGACA